AUGGCGCUACUGACAAUGGUUCACUCUCACAACAACACUGGUGGGACCCAACACGAUCUCAAACCAGUCCUCCGUGAUUUUCUCGGCAUGAAACCAUCACCAUCACCAUCCUCCGCCGCUCCUCCCGCCCCUUUCUCCUCCACCUCUGAAAUCGCUUCCGAAAAGCAGGUACCAAAUCAUCUUGAGGGAGUUCCAUACUAUGGCCCAAGAACUGAUUUUUCUACCACUGAGAUAACUAACAGACUAGUGGGGAACAAGAGAACUAAUUCUGAUUCCUCUUUUAUUGGUUCCUCUAGAGAUGCCUUCCAUAUGGUCCCUGAUUCCUUUCAAAAUUCACAUUUGAUGAAGGUUCUUCGACAUGUGUCUGGAGGAGAGAGAUCUAGAAGGCCUAAUGACGAUGAAGUGUUACUUGGUAUGCAGUCAAUGAAGCCAUCUUCUAGUUCUCAGAUAUUUCAUCCUCCCACUAGUACUAUGAUUGACGCCAAUAAAUGGGAUCGGUCUGUUCUCAUGAAUGCUGGCCCUUCCAUGCAGCAUCUUCCGCGUGGAGGACAGAUGGCUCCUUUUGCUCACCAAUUAGCUUCAACUUCAAACAAGAUUAGAGAUACCAAUGUCGGCCCUUCGUUCAUCUCUCAGUUUGCUGCCGAUGAGGGAUCCAGGACUGGAAUCAAGGGCCCCGGAGUUUUAAGUUCCAUAAACACAUCUGCUACUGCUAGUGAUAAAAUUUCAUCUGCCGUGCUGCUGGGUGGAAGCAGGCCAAAGCCGUUAACUAAUAUAAUUGAAUCAUCCACACCCCAAAGCAGUCAACAUGGGCUAACACCUGCCAGCCGCCAGAUGACUAUCUUCUACGGAGGUCAAGCUCAUGUUUUUGAUGAUGUCCACCCACAUAAGGCAGAUGUUAUAAUGGCUUUGGCCGGGUCAAAUGGAGGAUCUUGGUCUACAGCAUUUUCGCCGAAAUCUACUGCAAAGCUGGUUAAUGAUAGUACUUUGCAUAGUGGUGAAAAUGAAGCAGGAUUAAUGAAUAAUGUACCAUUCCCACAAGAGCUUCAUGGGAAGUUGCCUGUAACUGGCAGUUCUAGUCGUGCUGUUGGACCUGGUGAUCGUGUAUCUACUCCAACCGGGGCACAUCAAGGAAGCAUAUUUCCUAAAGAUACAAGAAAUUCAAUUCAAGCAGCAGACCCGAGUUCCGAAGAAAAAAGAGCACUCUGA